CCUCUGGUCCGCAGCUGGACUCCGAUUGAGUCUGUGAACAACGGCUUGCCACCUUGUGACAGCUUCAAUCUUUGGAAGAGUCAAAAGUUGAAGUUCUCAACAUGGAGGCAUAUCGCCAAUAUACCUCCCUAGGCAAACGCCUAGAAGCACAGCUUCAACGAAACCGAAGUCGACCACACACGACGACCACCACCACCGACAACAACAACAACAACAACAACACCACCCAACCUCCUCACACAAAUCAGGCAGCCCCCAAUGACAUAGAAGCAUCAUCACCAUCAUCGCCAAACACAACCGACCUCGAAGACGACUCCCCGCCGCUCGACCAUUCCCUCAGCAGAAUCGGCACGAACCUGGCCGUCGCCCUCACCGGCAUCGUGCAUAAACAGCACCCCUCCUCGACGGAUGGCGGUAAAGUCUUCGUCGUCGGCUUCGAGGGGCCCAACGAUCCACUGAGUCCGCGCAACUGGUCGCUGACGAAAAGGAUGCUGUGUACGCUCAACGUCGGCAUCAUUGCGCUGGUGGUGGGAAUGGCGGCGUCGAUCGACUCGGCGGUGAUUCAGAGGGCGGCGGAGGAUUUUGGAGUCAGCGAGGUGGCCGAGGCUCUUGCGACUGGGCUGUUCCUUGCUGGCUUCGGCUUCGGCGCCCUGAUUGCUGGCCCGCUGUCGGAGACGGUCGGGCGGAACCCCGUCUACUUUUCCUCGCUGGCGAUAUACAUGCUCUUCCUCAUGGGGGCUGGACUGUCCAAGUCGCUGGCGGGACAGCUCGUGUGCCGCUUCUUUGCGGGAUUAUUUGGCGAGUCGCCGCUGUCGACUGUCGGCGGUUCGAUUAGCGAUCUGUGGAAUCCCACGGAUCGCCUGGUUGCGUUCCCCAUGUUUGCAACUGCUGGAUUGAUGGGACCGGUCAUGGGACCCAUCGUUGGCGGCUGGAUCUCUCAAGCACACGACAUCUCGUGGCGCUGGACCGAAUGGGUCACCAUCAUCGUAUCCGGCACGCUUCUCAUCUCGCUGCUCCUCUUCCAGCCCGAAACCUACGAGCCCAUCCUCCUGCAGUGGAAGGCGAGUCACCUCCGUCGUUUGACCGGUGACAGCCGCUACGUAUCUGCCGCAGAGAUCGAGCACGUCACGUUCCGCGCUCGCAUGAUGACCGCCGUCAAGCGGCCCUUCAUCAUGGCCAUCCAGGAGCCCACCAUCAUGCUGUGGACAGGCUACCUGACCGUCGUCUACCUGAUGCUCUUCGGCUUCCUCGACGGCUACACGUUCGUCUUCCAAGAGACGUACGGCCUCUCGGACGGCAUCACCGGCACCAUCUUCGUCGGCAUCGGCGUCGGCCUCGUCCUCUCCUCCGCCCUCCUCACCCCGCUCCUCUUCCGCUGGGCCAAGCAGGAGAUGGCCAAGCUCCAGAGCGCCGACGAGCCCGCCGCCCGCAUCCCGCCCGAGUUCUUCCUCUGGUACGCCCUCAUCGGCGCCCCCGCCAUCCCCGUCUCCUUCUUCUGGAUGGGCUGGACGGCCUACCCGCACGUCAGCAUCUGGUCCCCCAUCGUCGCUUCCGUGCUGUUUGGCUUCGGCAUGUUUUCCGUCUUCGUCUCGACGUACAUGUAUCUCAUUGAUACGUACGAGGUGUAUGCCGCGAGCGCGCUGACGAUGAUUACGCUGGUGCGGUAUGUUGCCUCGGGGGGCAUGAUUGAGAUUUCGAUUCCGAUGUAUAAGAAUUUGGGGAUCCAUUGGGCCUUGACCAUGUUAGGGCUUAUUGCGCUGGUGUUUACGGCGGUGCCGUAUGCGUUUUUCAAGUUUGGGCCUUGGAUUCGGUCAAAGAGUCGGUUUGCGAAGCCGAAAUAG